CCCUCCAUUACAUACACGCAAUCACAGACCCCAGGCCCAAUGCAGCAAACAGACCAGAUAUAUAUAGACGCAGAAUGAACCCCAGCAUCAUCCGAAUGCAAGCCAAUGGAUGAGGAUAACAGAAUAAAGAGGACCGAAUAUGAACGUGCCGCCGAUGCAAAUAUAUGUACAAGCAAUGUAUCUGUGUCUCAACAGAUGUGGAACCCUAGGGAAGUUUCCUGUAUGCCAGCAAAAGGGACGCAACCAGCCAGAAAGAAAAAAAGAAGGUGGGGGGAAGAAGCGAAGAAACGAAAAGAAAAGGAAUAUAUCCCCCCACUAAUUGAAUAAAUGAUAUACACGCAGAAAUUAAACCCCAACAAGAUAAUGAUCAUGGUGAUCGAAUGAAGGCGUGACCACCCAGAAUAAAAAGUCAGACAUAAUAUGAUGGUAAUAGUGUCAUG